AUGUCUACAAAAAAACGACUGAGAGAUAAAUUCAACCAAGAAGCUGAAGGGUCAAAGAACGCAGGUUCCAAUGAGUUGUCAGCAUUUCUGACUUUUGAUACCUAUCAGUGCAAUGGAAACGUGGAGAUCGACUUUCCUGCGCUUUGUGCUCUCCUGAACAUAAAGGAAAUCUUAGCUGUCAGGACCAAACAUCCACACUCCACCACUGAUAAAAAUGAAGGCGGUGUUCAGGACGACCUUCCAGAGAUGAAGACCUUAAAUACCUGGUCUAAGCCGUGUUUAAACAUUGAGCUGGAAAACGAAGACCCCCUUAGUGCCAAGAGGAUGUGGAUUUCUGGAUGUAAGGUAAGUGAGCAGCCCUACAGAGCCAUGCAGAAGAUGCUCCCCUCCAUGAACCACCUUCAAAGCCUUCAGUUUUGGCAGGCUGGACUCACCGAUCCAAUGGUGAUUUCCCUCACUAACACGACAUCUCUGUGCUCCAACCUGAGAGAGGUGUCACUGGAAGGCAAUCCUCUCCCAAACCUGAGCUUCCACCAUCUGCUCUCUGAAGACAGCAAAUUCACCCAGGUGUCCUUGCGGAAUAAUCGGAUCGGAGAUGAAGGCGCCCGUCUGAUAGGUUCGGCUCUCUCCACCAUUAAAUCGGCUAAUAAAAAUCUUCUUUGGCUCAACCUGGCAUUCAACAAUAUUGGGGAUGAGGGUGCUGCACAUAUUGCAAAGGGCCUGAGGCUGAAUCGUACUUUACUCUUUAUAUCUCUGUGCAAAAAUCAGAUUGGAGACCUUGGAGCUGCCCAUCUGGCUGAGAUAAUCGGGGAGUUUUCUCUCACACAUGAGGAAGUGGAAAGAAGAAAACUCCUGUUUCAGAGAAUACAGGCUUCUGCUCCUAGGGCUGAUCUUGAGCAACUGUCUUCAAGCCAGCUUUCCCCAGAACACCCUGCCUCACACAAAAAGUCGAGGAAGAGCACGUCUCAAAAAGAGAAAUCUGCCAUGAAAGAUGGAAAAACUGCAGCAGUCAAGGAAAAGCCUCACAAGAAAGCCUCUGAUAAAAAGGAAGCUCGCAGCCGGAGUGUAACUAACGGAGGCAGAGAGAAACUGUUACCUGCUCUUAAGGAUAAAUCUGUUUCCAACCUGAGUGAGGCAGAAACCAUGGAGACAGGAACCCCCCUGCUGGACCCUUCAGUGUAUCACAAGGAUGGAAAGCUCUUCCUGCCUGGAAACACGACGCUCGAAUCCCUCAAUCUUUCAGGAAACAAAAUUACAGAGAAGUCUCUACCCCUGUUCCUGGCAUCUCUGGAAAAGCAGCAGGAAGUUGGAGGGAACCUGUGGCGUCUUUGUCUACAGGGAAACCUCUUCCCUACAGACUCACAGUGUUACACCCAGAUAAAAGAAAUGGUGGCCCUCAAAGAUCCUCUGGCCAAAAGUGGAUCAACUGUUUGAAGAGGAGGGAAAAUCUGAUAUAGAAAAAAAAAAAAGAAAAUUGACUUUGUUGUCUUAUAAAAUAAGAGGCAAUAGGAAUUGUUUGUUUUUUUUUUUUUUAACCACAGUUAAACUUACUAAAAGUAGAGAAACCUUUGAUAUUCUGCCAAAUAUUUAAUUUCAUUGAACCUGUUUAGUUUGAUGCUUAACUCUCAAUA